AUGAGUGAUCCUACAAUCGACUUUCAUAUUCAAACUCACCAAACUCAAUUCCGAAUCCCAAUAGAACUAAUUAAAAAGAAUUUUAAAUCUAUUCAAAAACUUAUUGAAAAACAAAAAAAAUUAACAAGUGAUGAAGUAACUAAAAUUAAAAAGAAUGAUAAAUUAUCAUCAUCAAUGAAAUUAGAAUUAAUUCAAAAAUUAAUUAAAAAUUUUGAAAAUUUUAUGAAAAAAUUAAAACUUUUAAUUAAAAAAGAUGAAGAAUAUCGAUCUAGAUUAGUUGCUAGGUUAAAUAAUAUUCAAGAAUUAAGCAAAUGGUGUGUAAAUAAUCAUCCAAUAGAGACUAAAAAUGGUAAAGACAAGUCUUUAAAUGGUAAAGAACCUUCCGAAGAGAAAAAUGGAACUGAAAUUGAUCAAAGUCAUGAUAAUGAUGAUAAAAUACUUGAUUUGCAUAACCCAAAUCUAAUAAAAUGGUAUCGAGAUCAAACAAAUUUAUUAAUUAUUGAUUAUUUAAUUAAAUCUAACACAUCACAAACUGAAAAUGUUGGGAUAAAAUUAUUAAAUUCAUUAAGUACAACAAACCCAAAUAUAAUAAAAUUAAUUGAUUAUGAUUUAUUUCAAGAAUUUAAUAAUGUAUUUAUUUCAAUAAAUUAUAAACAUGAUUUAUCAUUAAUUAUAUCAUGGUUUAAUGAAAAUAAAAAUUCAUUAAAAAAAUUAAAUUCAAAUCUUGAAUUUGAAAUAAAUUAUUGUAAAUUUUUAACAUUAAUUGAAGAAGGUGAUAUAAAUGAAGCAAUAAAAUUUUCAAGAGAUAAUUUAUCACAUUAUGGAAACAAAGAAAAUUAUCCUAAAGAUGAUUUAAAAAAUCAUUUAAAUAACCUUGAAAAAUUAAAGGGAUUAGGAGGAUUAUUAGUUUUUAAAUCAAUGGAUAAUAUAAAUUAUUCAAUAAAUAAUUUGAAUAAUCAAUUUAAUUUUGAUAUGACAAAUACUAAUGGUAAUGGUAAUGAAAAAUCAAUUUCAAUAUCAAGUUUUUCAAAUAAUAUGAUGACUCAAUCUCAACAUUAUAAAGAUUAUCAAAAUUUAUUAUCAAAUGAAAGAUGGGAAAGUUUAUCAUUAUGUUUCAUUAAUAAUUUUAUAAAAUUAUAUGGUAUCACCAAGAAUUAUCCUUUAUUUAUUUAUUUAUCUGCUGGUUUAUCAAGUUUAAAAACAAAAUCUUGUUAUUAUAAUACUGAAAAUACUGUAUUUGAUGAUAUGUCAAUAAUUGAAUUUAAUCAUAAUGAUUUAGAUGAAUCAGCACAACAACAAAAUCAACAACCACAUUUUGUCGUUGAAAAUGGAAAUACUCAUGAUAUUUCAAGGUUACAAACAGCUUUUACUAUGACUUCAGCAGCUGUAGCUGCAUCGGCACCUUCAUCAUCACAUACACAUCCACAUCAACGUCAAUUAGAUCCAAAACCUACUUCAUCAUUAACAAACUUCAAAUUUAGAGGUCCAAAUCAUUAUUAUAAACAUUUAAAUAAAGUAAAUAAUUGUCCAAUAUGUUCACCAGAAUUAUUUCAAUUAAGUAGAAAUUUACCUUAUGCUCAAUUAAUAACAAAUAUUUUUAAUAAUCCUUUUAAAUUACCAAAUGGUAAUAUUUAUCCAUUUGAUAAAUUAUUAUUUCCAAAUGAUAAAUUUUUAAGUGAAAGAAAUGAAUUAUUAAGAAAGGGACAAAUUAAAGAUCCUUUAACUAAAGAAAUUUUUUUUAUUGAUAAUUGUCUUAGAGUAUUUCCAGCUUAA